AUGGAGGCCCCCUCAGCCCCUGCCUACAGAGGGCGCAAUUCCUAUAAGGGGCUCCUGCUGGCAGUCUCACUAUCAGAAUCCUGGCUCCCACCCACCACCGCCCAGCUACUUGUGGAAUCAGAGCAUUUCACACUUGCAAGUGAUGUUCUUAUCUAUGUUCGUGAUCUGCCAAGGCAUCUCCUAAGCUAUGUGUGGUACAAAGGUGAAAACAUAGAUGGCAAUCAUCAACUUUCAUCUCUUAUAAUAAACACACAAGAAACAUUCCCAGGGCCUGCAUACAGUGGUCGAGAGAUAAUAUACUCCAAUGGCACCCUGCUCAUCCGGAACGCCACCCAGGAGGACUCAGGAGCCUACACACUCGCAGUCAUAAAAUCGGAUUUUCAAGUGGAAAUAGCAGCUGCACAUCUCUCCAUUCACAGAUUCAGUCAGGGCCUAAAUGAGGGACCUCGCAGAGAUGAUCAGCCUCCAGAAACCAUAGCUCAGAACCCUGAGCUGGAAAUCCUGGCUCCUGUGAUACAGUGGUUCUUCAAUUACCAGAAUCUGGGUAUCACAGAGAGGAAGAAACUAUCCAGGGACAACAGAAUCCUCACCAUAGACAACGUCAGAAAGGAGGAUGCAGGGAAUUAUCACUGUGAGGUCUACAACCAGGUCGGUUCCCACAAAAGUAUUGACAUCAUCCUUGAAGUGCUGUAG